CUGAUAUUCCAGUGUGUCAAAAUGCAGUUGAGUUGCAACCUUUAGAUAUUUAAUUGUUUAAAAAUUAGAUAUUAUUGGAUAAUUGAGGAAUAGUCGUUAAUGCUUUUAAUUGGUUAGAUUUCUUUGUAAUGUUCUUUCUAUAAAAUAUAUAAUGUUCUGAUAGAAAUAUCAUGAGCAAACAAAAUGUAAAUAAAGAACAUUCUAGAUAACUUUAUAGAGAAAUAGUAAUUUAUAUACUUAAUUAAUAUGCGUAAAGCAAAUAAAUAAUUUGUGUGAACAGAUAUAUAUUUGUGAUUAGAGAGAAGGAAAAUAUAUAUAAUAAGCAAUAGCAUCAAUUUUGCUUAUAAAUAAUAAAAUGGAAAUGAAUCUAAACGUUGAUUUAACAGAAAAUAAUAUUUCUCGUAGAAAGAAUGUUCACGAAUGGACAUGGGAUGAUAAAUACAUAUCAGAAACGGCAGAACUAUCAAAGUAUAACUUAGAAGUUAGAUUUCAUCCAAAAUUUAGUAUUGGUACAGCUUAUGUUAGAGGUAAUAUGUCCUUGCAAAAAGGAAGACAUCACUAUUGGGAAAUUAAAAUGAUUACGCCAGUAUAUGGGACAGAUGUAAUGAUCGGUGUAGGAACAAGUAAAGUUGAUCUAACAGGUUUAAAAGAAACAUUUUGUUCGUUACUUGGACGAGACGAAGAAUCUUGGGGUUUUUCGUAUAAAGGUUACAUACAACAUGCCGGUGAAAGCAGGGUUUAUACUGGUCGUUUCCGUAAAGGAAGUUUAGUAGGUGUACAUUUUGAUAGUUGGAAAGGAACAAUACAAUAUUUCUUAAAUAGAAAACCUUUAGGUAUUGCAUUUACCGGAUUACAAAAUACAACUCUUUAUCCUAUGGUUUGUUCAACAGCUGCUAAUAGUAAAGUUAAAAUAAAACUUUGUUCCUCAGUUCCUGUAUCUUUACAAAUGGAAUGUUUAUCUGUACUACAACCUGUACAGAAAUUAUAUCUUUCUAACGCUUUUCCUGGAUUAAGAUAUUUAUUGACAAGUAUCUUCGUUGAUAUCUUGCAUAAGCAAUAUGGUGAUCAUAACGAUGAUGACGAUGAGGAUAACGAUAACGAUAAUACUAGUAGUGAUGAACUUUUUGAAUUUUUACCCGAAUUUCAAUGUUUAAGUCAAUUGGUAAGAACCUAAAAUAAUAUAUAUAAUAUAAAAUAAAAUUUAAAUAAAAAAAGAUUUAUAAAACGAUCAACUAGAAUUAUAAAUGAUUUUAUAUUAUUUAUAAAUGAUAGAAUUCAUAAAAUCAUUUGACAUUUGUAAGCAAGCUUUAAUUUUGAUCUUCGUGCAUUUCCAUUUUUAUUAAAAGAUCAUAAAUAUAAUACUUAAAAAUGAUUUCGAAAUUAUAGACUACCAAACAAAUGUAUAGAAGUAUAUAUAGCUUACAAAUAAGUCUAUUAAGUGUUCAUAUAUAUACAUUUGAUGAAUUGUUAGAAACAUGACAAGUCCAUAAUUGAUGUAUAAAUUCUAUAAUACUGAUCAAUUGCUAUCGGUAUCUUUUAUAAUACAAGUAUAUUUAUUUAACAACUUUAGAAUUGCCAAACUAUUAACUAGAUAUAAAUUAUGGACUUCUUAUAUAAAGCAAAUUGCUUAAAAAAAUUUAUUAUGCAAUUCUAUUUAAUUGUAAUAAAACUUUAUUAUAUAUAUGUUAUAGAAAUAACUUA